UCGGAGAGGAGGACAGAGGGAUCUCACGGGCCACAUUUCGCCAGUAGCAUUAUGUAAAUAAGGUGCAGGAGCAUGUGCCAGUUAAACCGCAGUGCCGUGCGGAGUGAGGGAUGAAGCACAGACGCUGCACGGCAGGAGCCGGGGCCGUCGGUAGAUGGCGGUAACCCAAGAAACCUGAUCCACCGGGCUCCCGUGCACUCCGUCUCAGUUUGCAGCACUCGCAUUUGAAGACAAGAGAAGCCGAACAGUUUGAAGGACACCGAGAAGAACCAGCAGAGCCCACGGCGGGUCCUCUCUCGCGAGCAGGCGGCGGAGCGCUCUGUCCACAGAGAACAACGGGCAAACUCGGAGCACCAUGGAAGACAAAUCCAAUUCGUUCUCGGGCAACAAGGAGGAGAAGGCGGAUGGGAAUAAUGUUUUUCAGAGGCAAGACUCGAUACAGAAAAAUAACACGGGGAGCCAGAACACGAAGGACCAUGGCAACUCCGUGGGCUUCAAGGGGGAGCGGGAAGAGGCCAUGGUCGGCUUUGACGACCUGGACGGGGCGUCCAGGCAGCAUGGUUUUAUGCAGAGGCAAUUCGGGGCGAUGAUGCAGCCCGGAGUCAAUAAGUUCUCCUUGCGAAUGUUCGGCAGUCAGAAAGCCGUGGAGAAAGAGCAAGAGAGGGUCCAGACGGCCGGAUACUGGAUCAUUCACCCAUAUAGCGAUUUUAGGUUCUACUGGGACUUGAUAAUGCUCAUCAUGAUGAUGGGGAAUCUAAUCAUCAUUCCUGUGGGAAUAACCUUCUUCUCAGAGCAGACCACCACCACCUGGCUGGUUUUCAACGUGGCUUCGGACACCAUCUUCUUGGUGGACCUGGUCAUGAACUUCAGGACGGGGAUCGUCAACGAGGAGAGCUCCGAGAUCAUCCUCGACCCCAAGGUCAUCAAGAUGAAUUACCUGAAGAGCUGGUUCGUGGUGGACUUCCUCUCCUCCAUUCCGGUGGAUUAUAUCUUUUUAAUUGUGGAGAAAGGCUUCGACUCGGAGGUGUACAAAACUGCACGCGCUCUGCGAAUCGUCCGCUUCACCAAGAUCCUCAGUCUGCUGCGUCUGUUGAGAUUGUCCCGGCUCAUCAGAUAUAUACAUCAGUGGGAGGAGAUUUUCCAUAUGACCUAUGAUCUGGCUAGUGCGGUGGUAAGAAUAUUUAAUUUGAUAGGGAUGAUGCUGCUUCUGUGUCACUGGGAUGGCUGUCUCCAGUAUCUGGUGCCUCUCCUCCAAGACUUUCCCCCUGACUGCUGGGUGUCCCUAAAUGGUAUGGUUAAUGUGUCCUGGGGUAAGCAGUACUCCUAUGCCCUCUUCAAAGCCAUGAGCCACAUGCUGUGCAUCGGGUAUGGCGCCCGGGCGCCCGUCAGCAUGUCUGACCUGUGGAUCACCAUGCUGAGCAUGAUCGUGGGCGCCACGUGCUACGCUAUGUUUGUGGGCCAUGCCACAGCUCUAAUCCAGUCACUGGAUUCCUCACGCAGGCAGUACCAAGAGAAGUAUAAGCAAGUGGAGCAAUACAUGUCUUUCCACAAGCUUCCAGCAGACAUGAGGCAGAAAAUCCAUGACUACUAUGAGCACCGCUACCAAGGCAAGAUUUUUGAUGAGGACAACAUCCUGAGUGAACUCAACGACCCACUCAAAGAGGAAAUUGUCAACUUCAAUUGUCGUAAGCUCGUGGCCACCAUGCCUCUGUUCGCCAACGCCGACCCCAACUUUGUGACGGGGAUGCUGAGCAAGCUGAAGUUUGAAGUUUUCCAACCCAAUGACUAUAUCAUCAGGGAAGGCACGGUUGGGAAGAAGAUGUACUUUAUUCAGCAUGGCGUUGUGAGUGUCAUCACCAAGUUCAACAAGGAAAUGAAACUAACCGAUGGAUCCUACUUUGGAGAGAUCUGCCUGCUCACCAAGGGCAGACGGACAGCGAGUGUACGUGCAGACACCUACUGUCGACUCUUUUCCCUCUCUGUUGACCAUUUCAAUGAGGUGCUAGAAGAGUACCCCAUGAUGCGACGUGCGUUUGAAACCGUAGCCAUCGACCGCCUGGACCGCAUUGGGAAGAAGAACUCGUUGCUGCUGCAGAAAUUCCAGAAGGAUCUGAACGCCGGCGUGUUCAACACACAGGAGAACGAGAUAUUGAAGCAGAUUAUCCGUCAGGACAGAGAGAUGGUGAUGAUGGUGGACCGCAAGCAGUCAGUUACCGGGAUGAACUCGACUCCAAUGUCAGGAAACUCCAUUAUUAACUCACCAGCCCAGCCGCCAUAUUCCACUGCCUUUGGCGCCGCUCAGCUACAGCAGUCCUCUGUACCCAUGACCUAUAGUGCUUCAGCUAUCGCCAAUGCCUCUGUUGCUCGCAUGCUGCCAGUCGCUGCCGCCGCCGCCGCUGCGGCGCAGGGGGGAUUCCCCACGUCCAGUCUUUCCCAGGUUAACCUGAAUUCCUCAUCACAGACAGCACUGCAGCAGGGAGCGAUCAUGUCGCCCUGCUCUUUCACGGCGGCCAUGUGCAGCCCACCCGUUCAGACCCCGUUGGCUAGCCGAAGCUUCCAGUAUGGCUCACCAACAGCGUCCCAGCUGUCGCUUAUCCAGCAGCCCAUUGGCCAACCUUCUCUACCCACACAACAACAACAGCAGCUCGGUCAACAGCCGGCUGCUUCGACUGCCGCUGCAGCCUCGGCAGCACAGCAGCAGGUCCCUUCGCCUCAGCGGGGAGACAUUCACAAGAGCACGCAGGCUCUCCAGUCUGGCAGCUUGAGUCGAGAUGUCCGACACCUGUCGGCCUCCCAACCGUCACUGCCACAUGACACGCCUCUGGGGCCCAGAGCUCAUCCGGCUUCUGGGGAGUCUUUGGCCUCCAUGGUCCCACCGACGGCAGCAGCCAUCCAGGGAAUAAGUCUACAAGGUGGCAUUCGCACUACAGUGCCCCAGCGGGUCAGUCUGUUCCGCCAGAUGUCGUCGGGAGCUUUGCCCCCGGUGCGUUCAGCCGCUUCGGCAGCGGCUGCGGUGGCAGCGGCGUCAUCAUCAUCAUCCUCGACGCAGCACAGGGAAUCCCCUGGAUCUAGAAGAGAUUCUGUCCUCAGCAGUACAGAGACUGAGCAAGACAAAAUGCGUUUCGCAUCAAAUUUAUGAUUCCAUACAUCUUUCCCUUACUUUCUUUUUUUCUUCUUUUUUUUUUAAACUUAAAUGUGUUUCAAUUCAUCUUCAGGAUGGGUAUUGAACAAAAGAGGCAAAAACGAGGAAUUUCUGAAUUUGUUUCUCUCCAGCUUUCCUCUAAAGUAACCUCAUACAAAUCUUAUAUGUAUAUAAGCCCUUGUAUAAUAUUUUAGACAUUUUUGUCUCCCUAAACUUAAGAAUGUAUAUUAAAAGAUACACGUGAAUGGAUGUUUGAGAGUGUGGAUGUAUGCAGGUGCAAGUGGGUAAAAUCUAACUACAAUAUUGGCAAAGGCAAUUUAAAGCUGUAGUAUAAAAAUGAGUCUUCCUUUCUAAGAAAUAUAUGAAAUGAUAUAUCAUGUAUGACUUUUUGAAAUUAUUUUUAUUUGUUUUUGUUUUUUUUUCCUGUCAUUUUGCUUUCUUUUCUAACUGGAAUGCAAUAUGGAUUUUGUUCUUAACCUGAUGAAGAGGAAAAAUGUUUUCUCCUGUUAAGCAGCUUUAGGCAUCACUGUGCAAUUAUUAAUGCAAUUAUCUCUGACAAAGAAAUUCUAAAUGCACAUACUUAUUAAAAAAAAUUAAAUCUCCUAAUAAUUUACUGAGACUUGCUUGAGCGAUCAGAAUAAAUACUGUAACCGUGUAUUACGUUGCUCCCAGAGAUGAGAAUACAGUCUUCUGAGCCGUUGUAUCCCCAAGGCAGGCUCACAUUCAAACCAUGACAGUGUUAUGGGUCCAAAGGGAAUAGGUAAUAGAAAUGCUGCUUUCUUUGGUGAAACAAGAGUGUGGAGAUGGAUAUGGAUGGAUGAUCUUGUUUUUUUUUUUGUUUGUUUUUUCUAUUUUUGAUUUCAGAUGGUUGAGAUCUUACAUAAUGUUGCUUAAAAAAAUUCUGUGUAUAUUUAUAAUAUUUAUAAACUAAAGAUUAUCACCAUUAUGCAAUAGACUGUGACAUAACAAAUACCUAUAUGUGUGCUGUAAAUAGUUUUGUAGAUCUAGGAUUUACAGAUACUGUGUUGUGCAUUCUCUAUCAUAACAAUGUCUUACUUCUAUCAUCUAUAUGCGACAGAGGUUAAGUGACAAAAUACGUAUGUUUCAUAAGAGAUGAGCAAACCUUAAUGCAAAAACUAGCAGGACUUGAGGCAGAGAAAUGUUGGCUUAAAGGACAUUUAUGAUUCCCUCUCUCUUCUCUGGUUGUUUGCUAUAUUUAGGUCUAGCAUCACAUAUCUUUUGGAUCAGUAAUUUAAAGAACUUGAGUUUUGUCUUUCAAUCCAAAGUGGAUUAGUUUUUCCCCAUUAUUCCAAUUUCAGUUUUAAAAUGAUUUCGCUAGCAUUACUGAUUCAUAUUCAUGGCCAGAAAUAUUAUUUUCUUUCUUACUUAUUGUAGCUUUUGAAAAAUUAUUUAAAUUGUCCCCUAUUUGCGAACCGGAUCAGAUAUACUCCAGUAUCGCCAUUGAUUUAUUUAACACAACAAGGUUAGAUGUCGUGUUUGAAUUAGAGAACUGGGUUAGGUUUUCUAUUUGACCCUUUGUGUUUACAAGAGCAUGGCAAGCUAGCAAUAGCUGAUGCUAACUACAUAGCUGGCAAAAGGGUUGAUAUUAUCUCAAGUAAACAAGUGUUUUCUUUCGUGUGAACUGUAAGUAGAAACACAACCCACUCACAUUCACAUAGUUAUGCAGCACAAUUUUACCUUGUGACAUUUUCUUUUUAAUUUCAUUCCUCUGAAAGAGAUUUAGUGAUGCUAAGGUUUACCCGAUAACCACAUUAUGGUUCCUUUUUGUCUCUUUCCUUUCAGAAACGUUUAGCUGCCCAGCCAGGAAAUAUAUUCAGGAGCAGAUUGUCGUUAAAAUGAGAUAAAUUGUUUUAACGAGACAAGUGUUAUAUCUCGUUAAAAUGACAGAAUUUCUCGUUUUAAUGAGAUAUAAAAAUGCAUUCCUCUUAUUACGACUUGUUGAAAAGGCAUAAAGAAGCUCCCACUGACUUUCCAUUUUCUCACUCAGUUUUUUCUAUUAGCACUCAAACAUCCUGCAAUGUGUUGCCAUAUUACUGUUAUGGCUGCACUCAUUUAAAUGAGAAUAUAUUUAGGUUUUAAUUGAAUAUAAAUCUCAUUUUGAGUUGUACAUUUCAACCAAACCAAGUUUCACGUUGUAACAAAAUGCUAAAUUUAUUCCCUAGCUCUGACAGUUAAACUAUUCUAUAUUUUCUUACACAACUAUUUUUGACAGAGUUUGGUUUAAAUUACGAGAUUCUUGCACCAGCAUCAUAGAAUCCAACAUUUGAUUUAAAGAAAAGGACCUUCAGUUUUAAGUGUGCAUAACAAUUUUACGAUUUUAAAAAUUAUAUUUUUCAAAAUCUGAAUGUUGAACUUAUGGAACAAGCGACGUGUAAGGUAAAAGGUUAUCUUGCAUGAUAAAACUUGCUGUUACGAACUAAGUAUUUCACAGGACCUACCAACAUUACAAUAAGUAUUCAGUAUAAUUGAAGAAUAAUGAGGAUUAAAAUAAACUGGAAAGUUCCUAACAAAUGAAACGGAACAAUAAACCAACUGUAAAGACCAGAGUUUAUCAUAUGCAAAUUAUGAUGUGAUAUUUCACCAGCAGACUGACUUUUAUGGUUUCUAGUAAUCACAUUUGAGGUGCGUAACAUGACAUAACUUGCUAUGAUUCUCUUCCAAAAAUUGGAUAAUUACCAGCCGACUGAACUUCAGAUAAGAGCGAUGCGAAUUUUUUAGAUCAAAACUAUAUUUUGUAACAGUUUGACAUUUCCUAGUCUAUCUGUGAUGGUGUGAGCCGUCAGACUGAAUACUAAUGCUACAUAACUUCAUGCAACACUCUGUGUAUACAGGCAAACACACACAACCAGCAGAAGAAAGAGGAGAAGUAAAGUCAAGAGCUAAAAAGAAAAGACAGGCAAUAUUAGAGGGUUUUGGUACUGUAACAUUGGUGUAUUUUAAUUAAAGCAUAUCACAGACACUUUAUGAAGACCUCAGGACAUUGUAUCAAUGGGUAAAAAGGGGCCGAUCAAGACUGGAUGGUAAACAAAAGCUGGUUUGCAUUAAGGUUUCUGUCUCAUGUAAAUCCAUUGUGUGGGCUUAGGUACUCUAAACUGACCCGGAGAUUGAGGCAUGAAAGUAUAAAGUUAAGCAAGAAUAACACAGGACUAUCCGAAGACUCCAAUAAAAGCAGCUGCUUGCAGGUCCAUUCCGUGCACAUCCAAUAGGUUGCACAUUGUGCUCAAGGCCUUACUGCUUUCUCCUUAAUCAAAUGUGACAAAUUCUCAGUCAGUUUAGAUUCAGAACUGCCGCUUUCAUGGCACCAAAUAUCUCAUCAGUUCACAGUGACUAAGCCCGUUGAGAUACUGUUUUAAAAGAUUAAAAGUCUUCACCCCAGACUGUCGAUAGUCCACUAAUACAGUCAACCCACCACUGUCAAGAAAGCAUGCGUUGUCACAAAUAACUUAAAUAGAAACUAUCUCGAAAAUGUUGACGUUAAAUGUUAAUGUUAGAUUCUCUUUUGUUCACUGUCCUUCUGCCUAGAUGUUAUCUGUGUGUUGAAACACAAGCAUUGACUCUUUUUUGCAUUGACGGUCUGAAGUAUUUGUGCCUAAAACUAUCGCCAUGUUCCAUCUUUUUCGUUGCGGGCAUGAGCCCCGCCGCACACUAGCGUCACUUCUGCACACGGCUGCGCGUUCACUCUUACUAUACUCUGUGUGUGUGUGUGUGUGUUCUGUGUCUCAGUGUUUUUAGACAAGAAAGGAAAUGACAAUAACGAUGGCCAAAUGUCUCAACGUGUGCAGCUGGUGUCUUCACUUACGGUGAAAACUGGUGGAGGCGGGUCUUUUUUUUAAAAUUAAUCUAUUUUCUAAAACCCAAAUAGAAACGUCAUGAGGUAAUGUACAGAUAAAAGAAGAAGUGCAAUCUUUAGACUUGCAGAUGUAUCACAGACUUGAGACAUUGUAUAAAUUUGGAGCACCUUUAUACCUUUCUUUGUAGCUAGCCACUGAUGUAAAAGGUUGAGUACCGAUGCAUGAGAAGAAACUGGCCAAAGCAAAACAUUCAAAGUCUUUGUCUUUGUUUUUAAAUUGCACUUUCUGACUUACUAAUGAGGAGAUAGGGAUUCUUUCAGCGAGGUUAGGCGCUGGAUGAGAUGGAAAAGGGAGCGGUAUCCCUGAGAAUUUGUGCUGCCCUCAUCUUGUUUGAGUUUCUAAAAGGGAGCGGGUGGGGAGGUGUUCUAUUUGCAACGGAGAGCGCUUAAUCGCGAAUAUGCCAUAGUGUAUAGGAACUAGUACACAGUCGAGAUGGAUUGCAGCACUGUUGGUUUGUGCUGUUUUUGAUACUUGCCUUUGGAGGGAGAGCUUCCCGACUAUGUGCUUUUUUUUCUUUUUUUUUUCUUCACUAAACAAAUCGCUACUAACUAGCAUACCGGAACGGGCAUUAUCAGUGAC